AUGGCUAAAGCUCUAACAGAAGACUCGGCAAACAUAGAAAAACUGAUCGACGCGGAAAACUACCAAAUAUGGAAAUUUCAAAUCGGAAUAAUACUUCGAGCUCAUGAGUUAUUCGAUAUAAUAGACACGGAAACUGUGGAAAAUGAAAAAACUAAUGCGUGGAAGAAAAAGAAUGCACAGGCACAAAAAAUUAUUGCUACGACAGUAGACAAGAAACCACUACUACACAUAAUGAACUGUAAAACUGCACAUGAGAUGUGGAUAAAAAUUGCUACAAUUUACCAGAGGGAUAAUGAACAACAGAAAUGUAGUCUCUUACAGACAUUUUAUAGUAUGACCCACGAAAGAAAUCUGGAUAUAAUGUCAUACAUAAGUAAACUCAAAAACAUAAAUAGCAAUGAGACUGAACGCAAUGGACACGAAAAGCCACGUUACCGCAGGAAAGAGAUGAGAGACAAAGAUAGGCAGUCGGAAGAAAAAGCGGUCGCCUUCAAAGCAAUAAACAAAAAAUGCUACAAGUGCAAUAAACCAGGACACAUGGCAAAAGACUGUAGAACGAAGAAUAGGCCCAAUGAGAAAGAAGUGCGCUGCUUUAAAUGCAAUAAGAAAGGUCAUAUGGCAAGAUCAUGUGAUGAAAAGCCUAAAACAGAGAGAUGCAGCAUCUGCAAAAAGAGCAACCAUGAAAAAAAGGACUGCUACUUCAGAAAAAAGAAAGAGGCCAAAGAUGAAAGAACAGAAAAAGUGGCGUUUAUGGCAGCCGGUCUACACGAAGAUGACAUCAGGAUAUAG